CUAAUCCACUUGUUCUAUAUCAUGGGCUUCCUGGAUACUUGCGUAAUAAUAAUAGAAAAACACAUGGAAUGAGUAUAGAAUUUUGGCUUGUUGAAGGGCAAGAAUGUUUGAUUAUAUCUGAAAAUAUUACUCCAAUUAAUGUUUGGCUAAAGGAUCUUAAUAGGCUAGCAGAAUAUAAAUAUUUUGUAACUGAAAUAUUAUAUAGCUUUAAUGGUUGGUAG